GUACAGAAAGCAAUAGUAAGUAGAUUAACGUGACGUAUGCCCUGAUUGGAUCUGUCACCACCAUGAGUCUGAUUGGUCUGAUGUUUUAUCUUAGAUCCUGGUUCUCAAAAAUGAAAGCGUCAUCGUCUUCUGUUUCAAAUCAGGUGUAUACAGAUCAGGCAGAAAACCAGGAGGACCAUAGAUACGAAAGUCAAAGAAGCUCGUCCUCCACUGCGACUGAAACUGUUCAGCAGAGGACACCAAAUCAUCAAGACCUGAACAGCUAUACAGUUCUGAGGUUCUCCCAGAUGCAGCCUAUGUAUGACAACUCAAAAGACGAUGAGAAUGCCCAGGAACCUGAAGCACCAUCUCUUCCAUCUACAAGAAUGAUAAAUGGCCACAACAAUGAAGUAAAUGACAACAAUGACGGAGAAGGCAUACGAACGAUAUUUCGAACACGAAGGAUACAAGGUCUUGUCUCUAUGUAAACCAUCUAUUGAGAAAUCAAUGACGCUGAGAUCUGUUGAUGCUUCAUUCAAACUUGAGGACAAUGCAGAGGGUAUGCAUGAUGAAUACGACUCGAUGGAAAUGAAAGAGAAACAGAAAGAAAAAUGCGCGUCUGAGUUAGGGAUAAAGCAAAGUGAAUUAUCAUAAAAAGUACUUUGCAAAAAAGUUCAAUAAAUGAAACAAUUAAAGAUUAUUUAGAAAGUGCCCAACUGAAUCGAAAACUUGGG